AUAAAUAUAAGAUUUCGGACAAAUUACAUCCCCCGCCUAGUGUCUGCCAUUUCGUUUGAACUGUUUCUGUGUCGAGUGUGCUUUUGAUGGCAUGGAAGCCCUCCAAAUGAGACAAUGGCAGCAACUGAACCAACCCUAUUACAUGAACUCACCCUCCUCCAAACUCAAACAAAGCUUCUCCUCUUUCAAGCUCAGAGCCUUUUUCUGUACAUCUUCGCUAUCUCCAUUAAACUCAGACCAAGCCCAAAACCUUCUAACCCAACCUCCAAUUCUUACCCCAAGAAAAUCAAGGAACACUCUUUCAAGUAACGGUGUUGCGGGUAGGGCCGUUAAGUUCUCCGAUGCCCAACUUAAGGAGAACUGGUUGGAUUCCCUCACCUGCCCUUUCCCCAAUAUUUCCAACCCUUUCAAUGGCAGUUGGACCCAUGUGGCUUCAGAUUGGGUUCUUGGUAUCGACCCGGACAUUCAUGGUGCAUUGGCGCUCUUGAAAAGCGUCGAGUCCGGUUCUUCUGCCCAGGUAUUUGAUUCUCCGCACUUGCAAGUACUGGUUGGGAAAAGAGUUCGACGACGUUUAGAUGCCAAGUCUAUUGUUCAGUUGCUUCGCAGUCUUGAUGCUCCUAGUGGAACUACGGCAUAUAUAGAACAAUCAAUCCCUUUUCCACAGGAUGGAAAACAGGGGUGGUGGAGUGGAGGAUUUGGGUAUGGGCUCUGGAUUGGGAUCUUAGUUGCCUCAGGAUUUUCUGUUGUUCCAGUGCCUUCUAUGCUAUGGAAAAAACAAUUUGCACUGUCCGGAGGGAGGUCUACAAAGGAUGAUAGCCGGAGACUUGCAUCCACAUUAUUUCCAUCAUUAAGUCCUCUACUGAAAAGAAAAAAGGAUCAUGGAAGGGCUGAGGCUCUACUCAUUGCUGCCUAUGGCCAAGGCCUGAAGAAACUAAACUCGUCAUGCAUUUCAAAAGAAUUGGAGCCUAACAAUGGCAAGUUGCCCUAGCAUCUCUCGUUAACUACAUCUAGAUGUUGAUGUGCCAGAUGUGCUGUGACUGCUUAUAGAAUGAGAAGUGGACUCACUAACAGAGCAGCACAAAAGACUCUUCUGUUAGAGCUUUGGUGUUUCUCGCACAUUCAUGAUACCUGGUAGAGGACAUAUUAACCAUUUUGUUCACUCACUCUGCACUAUUUUCAUGGGAUUGAAGUUCCAGCAUGUACAUCCCAUUGUAAGGUUGCAUAUUCGAGUCAUCGAAAGAAUAUUAUCUAUUCCAACGACUAAAGUCUCUCCUUUUG